GCGAAGACUCACCUUGGCCUUUUCGAAGAACUGUAACACAACAAGCAAUACAUGAAGUCAUCCGCGAAAAUGCCGCCUUUGGGUGCACGAGACCCAGCAAAUAUUUCGGCGCAAGUAAAGUGGUAUCGGUUGGUCCAAACAUAUAGAUUGCAUGUGAAUACUUGUACUGUAAUGCUUCAAAGCACCUCACCAAAACUGAUAUACCCUACGUGAAAACACAUACUACCACUACCAAACGAGACACCAUGAAAUUCAGAAUCAGAACCAGAGAGCUCGAGCUCUCGAAAGCCCUCGAUGAAGUCUUUUUGCGACUCUUCCUCAUGGCCAUGCGACUCUUCCAGGUCGUAUGCAGCAUUCCCAUCAUCGGGUUCGCAGCAGCUUUCAUCAGCGCACUCUCCAGCGAAGACCAAAAUGUGCCGUCAAAACUGUCCGCGGCUCUCGCGAUCGCUUGCGUCUGCACCGUUUACACCGGGUUGACCCUCCUGCCCAUCAUCUUUGGAGGUCCUGUCUUCUUCACUGUGGCGGCUGUAUUUGACGGCCUGUUUGUGGCUGCUUGGAGCAGCUUGAUAGGAGUUUGGGACAAUGAUGGGACGGCAACAUGCCACGCUUUCAUCAACAAGUACUUUGACUCGAGACCUCAAAAGUCAUACUUCUCCACAGACUGCAAGCUGGUCAAGGCAAUGUUUGCCUUUUUGAUUAUCAAUUUGGCUGCAUUUACUGCAUCGGCCGUCGUGGCAUUUUGUCUCCGCCUGAUCGAGCUGGAACAUACCAUGAGUUGGAGGAGUCUUCCAUUAUUCAACAAGCGGGACGAAAGGGAACGACAUUGCGCUUGCUGUAAUCACGACAAAUACCAUCCAUCGCCGCCAGCCAGUAUCAGUCACGAGCCCCUGACUAGUUCUGUAUGAGUAAGAGGAUACGGAAUGUUUUGUUGUUUAAUGAUGGUCUGCCUAUGAAGGUAUUCGGAGAGUCUACAAAAUUGCGUGAGGCGAGGGAUUUAUGAUUGAUUACCAUUGAAAAAGGACGGCUGAAGUUGACACGGGAUGUUUCACCAUGGACAGGAGGUUCACUUUGUCUUCCGAAUUGGAUUGGAGAGAACAAAUGUAUCAUUAAUGCUCUAUACAAGAGACGGCGAGAUUUACGGCCAUAAUGUAUCAAUAAUAUAAUCCUCACAAGUUGCACCUUUUA